GUAAGCGUAGUAGGUAAAGCGGGCAUUGUGUUUGUGAAGACAACCCACCCGAUUAAGUUACGGCACCGACGCAGUCCGGUAGAAUUAGUUCCUUCGCUGUCCGUUCUCCUUAUCCACGGCGAUCGUCAUGGCCGGCCUAAAGAACUUCGGCCUCCUUUCUUUUGACGUGUACGGCACUUUGAUAGACUACGAGACCGGUAUUCUAUCGGCGCUACAGCCUCUUCUCAAUACCCGUGGUCGCGCUGAUGUCCCUCGGCUGCAAGUGUUAGAGGCCUACAGCGAGCUCGAGGUUCGGCAGGAGGAGGCGACCCCCAGCAUGCCAUAUUCCCAGCUUCUAGCUACCAUCUUUCCACUAUUAGCCGCAAAACUAGAUCUUCCUCCACCCACGGAAGAGGAAUCUCAAGCUUUCGGCAAUUCGGUGGGGAGUUGGCCUGCUUUUCCCGACACGGUUGAUGCACUACGUCGACUGGCCAAGCACUACAAGCUGGUCGUACUAUCUAAUGUUGACCGUGCCUCGUUUUCCCGAACCAACUCGGGCCCGCUAGAAGGAGUGCCCUUUGAUCUGAUCAUCACAGCACAGGAUAUCGGCUCUUAUAAGCCCAGCCCACGAAAUUUUGAGUACAUGCUUACGGCGGUGAAGGACAAAUUCGGCAUUGAGAAGGAGCAGGUCUUGCAGACCGCACAGAGCCAGUCCCAUGACCAUCAUCCGGCGCGUGCUAUGGGUAUAAAGUCGGUCUGGAUCGCGAGGCCGGGGGCAGUUAUGGGAAACAAGGAGAAGGAGAUAUACGAUUGGAAAUUCGACACUCUAGGAGACAUGGCGGACGCUAUUGACGCCGAGCCCAAGCACUAGACAAUCUGGCCGCAUGUAUAGCGAUCUGUCGGCGCAUAGGGCAAUGAUGGUUUCUCGUCGCUAGAAUUCGACUUCUCGCGUCCCA